CGGUCCCACAUAUCUCGCCCACUUGUCGCCCUGCUAGGACGGCCAAUCCCUUUCCUUCUUUGUCCAGAAUCUCCGUUCUCCAGGACCCUCAGCAUCUGAGCAUUUCUGGGGCCUCUGACGACAUCGACAUGGUCAAGCCCGCCGCCUAUGCUCCAACCGUCCUAGCCGUGUUCCGUUCCGACAACGGUGAAUGCACGGAGCAUGCGAAGAAAGGGGGCCACAUAUGGUCCGAUGGGCAAUACGGAGCUGGAGACGGACUGAAUGUGGAGGGCGCCAGUGUACACUGUUUGCCCUAUCUGUCGUCAUCCUGGAGAUCUUGCGGCGAUACCUGCUCGGUUGAGAUGGUUCAGAUCGACGCCUGGCGCCAGACGGCACCCUCAGAAUGGAUUCCUUUGUCAGAAGUAGAUCAGGGGUUCGCGAAUGCGACUCGCGUGGUUGGUCUGAUGGGGAGGACAUCCCAGCAUCCCAGGGGUCCAGAGAGCACACACCCACCAUGACAGGAGCCAAGACCAUGAUACUAUCGCCUUGGACCCUACCGACGGCGACAUAUAAGAGACACUGAUCCCCGCCGCUCAAGAUGAUGAUAUUGUUCCGCCAUCAUCAGCAAUCGAAUCCUCUUGUGUUUUCUCUUUCAACUUUGAUACCACUACUUUGCGAAACGUAGAGCGUUUUCAUCUUUGCGUCUCUUCAUCCAUCCAGCAGCAGACAUCGAACAGUCUUGAAGACUUAAAACCGCGGUUAUUUUACUUUCAGCUUUGAAACAUUUUGUUCUGAUACCCCAUCCAUCAAGAUGUCCGGUCAGCAAAGCGAUAUCGUUGUGGGUAUUCCUAACCCAAACACCAAGACGAACCCCCACACUCCUCCAGAGUCACCAACUGAGACUCAAAUCAAGGCCCUCGAUGGUGUCGAAAAGCAGCAGCAGCAGGAACAGCCACAACAGCUCAACGUUGCCAAGACUCGUGGUAACUCCCGCCAAGACUCGCUCACCAUCCCUCUUUCUCCUUCUGUCGCCAACCACAACACCAUUGAGGUUCCGGCAACCAGGUCUCCCGAUGCCCACGCCGAUCUUUACAUGCACAACCUUUCCGCUUCCCCAUCCUUGAAGGAGCGCAGACUCUCCCGCAACUCGUUCGGCGCUUCGCUUCCCAUCCCCCGUUCCAAGCGCCAGUCUCGUCUCAGCAGCGUCACUUUCCCCGGCGGCGUCGCCGAGGCUCUCCAGGAAGCCAGCGGCGGCACCCUUCCUCUCAAGCCUACGCGCGAGUUCUUGGCCGACCGUGUUCAGGACAUCCACUCCGAGAAGGUCGAGAAGGUCAAGAACAUGAGCUUUGUCUUCGACAUUGAUGGUGUCCUUGUCCACGGUGAUCGUCUGAUCCCUGAGGGCAAGAAGGUCUUGGACAUGCUCAACGGCGAUAACGAGCUUGGCAUCAAGAUUCCCCACAUCUUCCUUACCAACGGCUCUGGUAAGCCCGAGCUUGCCCGUACCGAGCAGCUCUCCAAGAUCCUCCAGAACCCCAUCAGCACCGACCAGUUCAUCCAGUCGCACACCCCCAUGCGCGCCUUGGCCGAGUACUACAACACCGUCCUUGUUGUCGGUGGUGAGGGCUACAAGUGCCGCGAGGUUGCUGAGGAGUAUGGCUUCAAGGACAUUGUCGUCCCCAACGACAUUGUUGCCUGGGACCCUUCGAUCGCUCCCUACCGCGUCUUCACCGACGAGGAGCGCGCCACUUCCCGUCCCCGCGACUUCACCAAGACCAACAUCGAGGCCAUCAUGGUCUUCUCCGACUCCCGCGACUACGCUACCGACAUGCAAAUCAUUGUCGAUCUUCUCCGAUCCGAGAAUGGUCGCCUCGGCACUGUUGCCAAGGACCCUGUCUCGCAGCGCAUCCCCAUCUACUUCUCCCAGGGUGAUUUGCUCUGCCCUACCGAGCACCCUACUCCUCGUAUGAGCCAGGGCGCCUUCCGCAUUGGUCUCGAGGCCAUGUACAAGGCCCUCACCGGCGUCGACCUCGAGCGUGUCGUCUACGGCAAGCCCGAGAUGGCUACCUACAAGUACGCCGACGAGGUCAUUGCCUCCUGGAUGGAGCAGAUCCACGGCGAGGAGAAGAUUCCCCAGAACAUCUACAUGGUCGGUGACAACCCGGCUUCCGACAUUGUCGGUGGUAACCUCUACGGCUGGAACACCUGCCUUGUCCGCACCGGUGUUUUCCAGGGUGGUGAGAACGACGAGGAGAACCCGGCCAACUUCGGUGUCUUCGCCAACGUCUGGGAGGCUGUCACUUCUGCCUGCCGCAAGGAGCUUGGUGAUGACUUCAAGUUCAAGUGGGAUGACCGUGUCAACCCUCUUAACAUCAACGCCUCUGCCAUUGAGUAAAUGGGAAAAAAAAGAAAGCAGCAGGCAGCGCGUGUGGUUGUUUACAGCAUGAUCAUUGGUUAUUAGGGCAUUGAUUGGCUUGGCUAUAUAUACCUUCGCUUUGGCAGCGACAGCGGAAUCUCGGAAUUGGGAGAUAUCAUACCAUUUGGCGUUUAAAGGGUUUCACUUUUCUUGGUUUGGGACUUGGAUACCGCGAGGGUUGUGAAGCGGGGAUGAGGAGGAGAGGAGGACGAGGAGGAUGUGACUAGGAGCAGGAUGAAAGAUGUAUCUUCUUUUUUCUCCUUUUCUCAUCAUUUCAAUUCUUUUUCAUCUAGCUUUUUCUCAUGUUGUUUGAUCUAGCAUUUAGACACUAGAGCUCAGCAUCUUUUUUUUUUUUUUUCUCUUUAGAUGUCAGUUGUUAGGAUACACAAAACAUCAUACUUCUACAAUAAUCUCCAUGACCCAAUCAAGUUGUGAAUGCAUUCCAUUAACAACGAAGUCAGUUCAAC